AUGGUGAAGAAACGAGUCCCAGAAUGGCUCAACAGCUCGCUCUGGUCUUCUACGCCUUCUCCUUCUCUCGACGACGAUCGCGUACAACCCUACACCUCCAAGCCCACCACCACCACCACAAUCACCAGUUCUUCUUCCACCUCUGACUACGAGCCACCGUCCAUGGUUGACCCACCAAUCCCCGUGCCCCCUCCCAAACCCACCAGGGAAGACAAGCCUCCUCCGCAGCCCCAAUCCACAGAUUCACUCCCUAAUCACGAAGACAAGAACAACACCACUCCUUCCCCCGAAGACAUCUCCAGGCAGGCUCAGCUCUUGGUCGAGCUAUCAAGAAAGACGAUUAAUUUGCGCGAUUUGCGGAGAAUUGCGUCGCAGGGCAUACCAGAUGGUGCCGGCAUACGUUCUACUGUGUGGAAGCUUUUACUUGGAUAUCUACCACCAGAUCGGGGGCUUUGGUCAUCUGAGUUAGCUAAAAAGAGGUCACAGUACAAGCAUUUUAAAGAUGAGCUUUUGAUGAAUCCUUCAGAAAUCACAAGGAAGAUGGAUAACUGUACAAAUUGUGACACUGAUGAAUCAAAAGGUCAAGGCAAAGGGUUGCUAUCAAGAUCAGAAAUAACUCAUGGCGAGCAUCCAUUGAGUCUUGGGCAGUCCAGCGUCUGGAAUCAGUUCUUCCAGUUUCUGGUGCAAAACCUUCUUAUGAAAUAUCUAACUCAAACUUUUGAUCAUGUAGGACACAGAGAUCAUAGAGCAGAUGACCGAGAUGUAAAGCGUACUCAUCCAGAUUUGCACUUUUUCUCUGGGGACUCUUCAGAUGCUAAAUCUAAUCAGGAUGCUUUGAAGAACAUCCUGAUUGUAUUUGCCAAGCUAAAUCCCGGUAUAAGAUAUGUUCAAGGGAUGAACGAAAUUUUGGCACCACUGUUCUAUGUAUUCAAGACUGAUCCAAAUGAGGAAGAUGCGGCCUCUGCUGAAGCAGACACAUUCUUUUGUUUUGUUGAAUUAUUGAGUGGCUUCCGGGAUCAUUUCUGUCAGCAACUUGAUAAUAGUGUUGUGGGAAUUCGUUCCACUAUAACAAAAUUGUCACAGCUUUUGAAGGAACAUGAUGAAGAGCUAUGGCGUCAUCUUGAGAUCACAACCAAAGUCAAUCCCCAAUUUUAUGCAUUUAGGUGGAUCACACUUCUCUUAACCCAGGAAUUCAAUUUCGCAGACAGCCUUCACAUUUGGGAUACACUUUUAAGUGACCCGGAAGGUCCUCAGGAAACCCUUCUUCGAGUAUGCUGUGCAAUGUUGAUUCUCAUUCGGAGGCGCUUACUGGCAGGUGAUUUUACCUCUAAUCUCAAACUACUGCAGAACUAUCCUCCAACAAACAUCAGACAUCUGCUGUAUGUUGCCAACAAGUUGCGUGUACAAUCCUCAGGCUAA